AACCACAAACACCGUCGUCGCCGCCGCCGCCGCUGACUCGUCCGUCGCGAAUUUGCUUCCACAUAAGGCACGGUGCUUACAUUGUACUUACCCGAGUCUUGUGCACAGGUCUUGUGCUUAAACACACGCCGCUACUGGAUUUGAUUUGCAUAAUACAGCCGUGCCAUGAAUUCGCGUCCGUCCGACCCAUCGCGGUGAUCGUUUGCCGGCCGGUCGAGUUCGUUAAAGUCUUUUGAAAACCGUCGGUGAUAUUUUUUUUGCAUUUUUAAAUCGGUUUCCAACCGCAAACGGACGGUUCUUUCCAUCGACAAUUUGUGAACGAUCGUAUUGUUGUUUGUUUUCCUUAUCCGCCCGAAAAUGGAUGGUAACUUGUUCCGAGCCGCCGUAUUUCUGAUCGCCGUCUUCAAGACACACGAGGUGGCCGCUCAAGAUUACGAUGUUUCGGAAAUACAGUGUUCGUUUUCGUCGGACUCGCUGAGGGUGGGCAAGGCGUUGAUGGGCGUCAAGGACGUGAUAUCGGCCAAGCUGAAGAAACCCGAAGGGUUCAAGGGACAUCCGCUGUUCGCCGACGACCGGACCGUCGAUCCGCUGAUCGAUCCGGUGUGUCAGAUAAGGCCUGAUCUGUCGGACGUGACCCUGUUGACGUACAGCUUGCUGGUCUCUGACUUUACUCGGUGCGGAGUACUCAGGAGAAACGGUUUCGUGCACGUCCGGGUAUGGUUCCCGCAGUUCCCCGGCGUGGUGAUGAUGUCCGAUCAGGAAUUAAUCAUAAUGUGCAAACCGCCGGAACCGACCGUGAUCGAGAACAAGGCCGCCGGGUUCGCCGGAAGUUUUCCUCAUGGCGCUCGAGUAUCUGGCGUCGUUGAAGAGACCCCGGGACGUCUGGAGUACGAGGUGGCCCUUUACAAAGAAGCGCCGGCCCGGCUGACCAACCUCAGUCAUAACAGUGAGUUGCCCGUUGACCAGGCCGUCCCCAUCGGCACCAAACUCCAGCUUCGGGCCCGGAUCAAUCCGCACUCGGCUUGGAAAUUCGUCAAGUUGAUGGAAGUGUCCGUGUCGCCGGAUCCGGAUAACGCGCAUGUGUCCGGUAGCGUGGCUCUGGUCAAAGACGGAUGCCGGAAUCGAGAUUUCGCUACUAUCAUACCGCACCAGCCAGCUAAGUACCGGGAAAGACACAACGAAGUGUUUUUGGAUUUCGAAGCAUUCCUGUUGAGUACAAUGAAGGAACGGUCGACACUGUGGAUCCAUUCGCAGAUCAAAGCGUGCAUGGACGCUGCAGACUGUCAGCCCGAAUAUUGCCUGGACCUGUUCGAGCCGUCCGGACACGGUCGCCGGCGCCGGAGACAUACGACCAUGACGACCGCGGCCGCCACCGGAAAUGGCACGGCUUCGGUUCCGGACGACGCUUCCGGCAACGGAACGACGCAUUUUGCCAAGUUCAAGGAGAACAUCGAGUACACGGUGAUAAUGCCGGAAGACAUUUACCACGGCGCGGCCACCGCGGUCGACGGCGGCUGCGGCACGUUCCUGGCCAUAUCCGGCGUGCUCGGGUGUCUGCUGUUCGUGGCCGCCAUGACCCUGUGCUACCUGACGUCCAGGCUCCAGGCGGCCAUCGGAUCCAAGUACAGGUCGCACCAGGACCCGUUCGCCGGCGCCAACCGGCUGGCGCAGUCCAAGUUCCCUUUGUCCUACUCGGGUCGGGCCACGCUGCAUUGACACUAACGAUAUCGUCAGCGAUAGCUAAUAAUAAUAAUAAUCAUAUUUAAUGUAGCUGGAGAAUAUUAUUGUUGUUCAACGAAGCUCUUGUAAAUAGUUUUUUUUCCCUAUAUCAUUAUAUUAUGUAUCCGACGGUAUUUAGACGCUCGAAUCACGAUUCAAUGACCAUGACAAUGAUGAUUACUAAUCGUUUACGCCCAAAAAAUCAUUGCAUAAGAGUGAGCGUUUAUUUUAAGAAUUUUCGGCCGGCUCCUUUGUUUAGAGAAACACUGUUGGGAAAUAAGUAAAUACAUUCGACACAUUAUGAGAUCUGUAUAAUCAGUCACCAAAAAAGAAAAAAGUGAGGUUAUACUAAGAGAAUAUUCGCCUUAGAGAACUAAAAAUUAAAUACAAUAUUUAUCUUGAUUUCAAUUGUAAACACUAAAAACACGUUGAUAGUAUCAAAACAAUAAUUAUUAUCGUUCAACAAAAUGACAGAUAACUCAUACUUGUAACGCAAAUCUGAUCGACAAAGAUAAAGAAUAUUAUUGCCAUUCAAGUUUACAAGUUUUUCUUAUAAUAAUACAAAAUUAGAAUAGCUUUUGGAACUUUUUGCAAUUGAUUAAAUAUAUACAUUACCAAAGUAGCUAUUUGUAUUAUUUCGUUUGGUCAUUUCUAUGGAUUGUCUACUAUCUGAUUAAUUCUUUCUUAAUUUUAUAGUCAUUUUAAAUGACUCAUUUGAUUAUUCAUUGAGCCAUUUUAAAAAUACCCGAAGACAUAUCCUAAAAGAUAAGUUUGAAAAUGAGGUCGUAUAAAUUGAUUCUUUUUUAGUUUUGAUGCAAAUGUUUUUUUUUUACAGUGUUUCUUAAAUAAGGAAAAUAACUGAAAAAAUCUAAUUUUUUGAAAUAAAUUCUCAGACUUAUGCAUAAUUAACAUCAUAUAUGAUAAAAAUAUAUUUUGAACAAUUAUGCUUUUAGAAGUUACUGUCCACUGUUAACUGUCGUUUGGUCCAAUCAAAUUAUUAACAAUACAGGGUGGUCCAUUAAACGUAAGGCGUUUAAUUUCUCUGAAAAUAUUUACGUUUUUUUUGUAUAUCACUUUGGAGUUAUUUUAGAUUAUGUUAUUUUACAAUGUUAAACAGUAUUCAAAUAUUUAUCUUUUUUUUAGUAAAUUCCAGUGUUCUAUCAACAUUUGAUACUCAAACAAUAAUGUAUAUAUUUAAAUAACUUUUUAAAUUAAUUAUAAUUAACUCUGUUAUUUUCAACUGGGCGAUAACAAGCUUUGAAUAAUUAUUUUUCAAGUUAUUAAAGGUUAAAGUUUUGGAAUGGAGGUGGAGUGCGGUAGAGCGUAGUAUUAUUUUUAUUCUCGCAUUACUCAACCACACUCUGCUACCUGUACUUAGUUUCUUAACUUUAACAACUAUAAAAGUUAAUACUCAAAUUUGGCUAUCAACCUGUCAAAUGAUUAUAUAUUAUUAAGUUAAGUUAUCAUGUUUCAUAAGUUGAUAGGAUUUCGAAAAAUACAAUAAAAGAUAAAUAUUUAGUAUUUUUGUAAUACUGUAAAUUAACAUAAACACUUUUUCAAAAAAAAAAAAAAUUGAAAAUUGCAAUUAUUUAGGAGAUAUCAUGUUGCCUAUGUUAAGUGGAUCACUCUGUCAAUUAUGUAUGGUUUAAAAUAGUUUAAAAAUAUUAAAAAUUGUAUAAUAUAUUAUACAACAAGAAUAUAAUAUAUUGAAUCGUGAAUUAAACGAUUCUAGUACACGUCGUAACUGUUUAAAUACUAUAUUAAAUUAUACUAUUUAAACUGUAUAAAUGAGGGAAAUAUUAUAAUAUAAUUAUUUGCCUAUAAGUUCAAAGAGCCACCGCGAGUGCUCCAGAGAGGCACAGUCAUGAAUCUUCUCGACGCUUAGACAUUACAUACAUUUUAUUAUUACCUAUGUUUAAAUAUUUUACUGUAACGAUUAAAUUAUUAUUUUUUAUUUAGAUUACAAAACAAGUAUAGAAUUAUUUUUAAGGUGUUCAAUCUAAUAUUUAUUUUGUUUACAUUCUAAUUAUAGUAAAAGUACAACACUUGUAACGUCGUCUCUCUAGCGCCC